AAUUGUUCACCAAAUAUUUGAGUUAAUCAGUAUUUGUGUUCUGAUAUCGUGAUAUAUUUCGCUAUGGAGGGAUAUGAUUCUAGGAAGCCUCCGAGUGUUCGAGUAACCGUUCUAGAAGAUCCAAACAGCAGCCUUCAAGAACUUUUCAAUCCCGCCUCCCAGAGGCAACAGGUUCCUUUACAUCAACGUAAUCUACCAAAAUCUUUUUUCGUUCCACCUGGAGAUGUGAAUGAUAAUUCUCGACUUUCCAAGCUUAACUCUGUACACAGCAACGAAAGAAAUUCUGCAGAUUUUGUGGUGUUCCAUAGUAAAGCGAAUUCAUCUCCAGCCUGUUUGGAUGCUGCACUUAGAACGUCUGUUUCUGCAAAUGUUCCUAAUCACAGCCAUCAAAAAAGUCUUGAUGUUGCUUCCAAAUACAAGACGGAAUUUAGCCCAGAUUUUGCUUUCUCCGGUUCGUGUAGCCCGGGAUUGUUUCAGGGACAAAGAAACUCACAACAAACUGCACUACUUUAUGGACCCACCAUGACGUUUGCUAUAAGCGAGCUUCCCGUUGGAUAUGACAUGGCGAUAAAUGAGAGCAAUCAGGUAUAUUUUCUGAAUCAUCAAACACAAGAAACCACAUGGUAUGAUCUUCCAUGCUUUACUAAUUUUUGUGAAGGUUUGAUCCUAGAAUACCAGAAAAGUUCCAGAAGUGGGGUAUGACUCCAGAAGAACUAGAGCAAGUGCACUUACGCUACGCUAAACAAUUUUUAUGCACAAUCCCGUCUUCGAAUUUGAAUGUAUGUGUUCAACAGGUUGAUCGAAUAUCACCAUCACUUGUGUCUAGUCCAACCUCCUGCGUUCCUGCAUCAUCACCAUCGGGUUUCCUUAACAAAAACCAAUCUGGAGUACCAUCGCCCAUGGCAUCUAUAUCUGUUUCACCGAACUCAUCAACAUCCGGACUUCCUUUGCAUAAUCUACCAUUGAAUUCGUCUUCGACUUGUACAAAUGUUCAAAAUCGUCUAAGAUCAACUAUUGCUGUAAAUAAUAAUAACAGUAAUAAUAGUAACAAUGGUAAUGAUGGCAACAAUAAUCAAAAUAUUGCAGCUACCCAUCGUUCUCAUCCAAAUCAGUUGCCUUAUCCUCAUCAUCAACAUUCACAUCAAGUAAAUGAACAAUUACAAACAUCCGGUGGUAUACAACAUCAACGACAACAUUCACAAGGUCUCCCUGUACAAUCUCAACCAACAAGUCAAUCGCUUGUAACGCAUUUUCGUUCUUGUAGUCAGCCAGUUUCCAUGUCCAGUGGUCGAGAUUGUGGUUCCAAUACAGGUGUAAUACUAAGUUCAAACUCAUCGGGUGUAUCUACAGCCACAACAACAGUAACAGGAACUUUGGGUCAGACUCAACUUCGGAUUCCUGGAAGUUUAGGCGGCAUUCUAUCAUCAAGUUCCUCACUUACAGGUCUAUGCGGUUCGAAUGUAAAUACUGGUCAACAAGGGUGCGUUACCGGUUCCAUUAGUACAUCAUCUGGACAAUUGGUCCAAGGACUUGAAUGCUUACGAUUGAAUGCAUCAGUUACUUCUACAAGUGCAUUAAAUAACUCCAAUCAUGUGCUACUUGAUCAACAACAAAUCCCCAAAACACAAAGAGUUCAACAACCUCAAUUCAUUCUGUCAGCUAACUCUGGUAUAGUUUAUGGAUCAAACAUAAAUACGGCUGCAGCACGACUUGUUGGCACAGUGUUACCUACUACUCCCCAACCUGGUAAUCAACAUUCACAUCAAAGCAGUAUGGAUAGUGGAGUGGGUCAAUCUCUAACAGGUCAAUCAAACCCUAGUGCUAAUCAAACUCCUGAGCAUACUGUUAUGCUAUUUUGUGAUCCAAGCAUUGGUGCUUGUGGUGCAGAACAUAUGGAAGGAAUCGCUUAUCCGAAUGAAGAACUCAUUUGUACAGGAUUUAACGAUUUCGACAAUAUUGAUAUUUCAGAUAUGAGUACUUAGUGUACUAGUUAGAUUUUUUCUGGUUCCUUCAAAUGUUCAAUCAUCAAAUGAUCAACUAACUGACAAGUAUUGUCAAAUGAUCAAUCAGUCAAACAUGGCAUUUCGAUUUCUUAACAGGAUAUGACUUUCGUAAUUUGAGACACUUUACUUUCACUUCGCUUAAUAUAAAUAUAUAUGCCUAUGUUAUUGUAAACAACAACUAACUUACUUUUUACAAAAUGAGUAGUAUAAUUUCUUUUGUGCAAAAAACGAGAGAAUACUUUUCACUGAUAUAACUGGAUUUAACUGUUCAAUGUAUCGUGAAAAAAUGGAGAAAUAAUGUAGCAUUACUUAUAAAAAUAACUUUAUUCCUAUUCUUUACCAUAGUUCACUAUUAUCACUAUUAAUAUUACUAAAACCUCAUAUUAUUAAAUUAUAUUGUUUGUUGGAUAUAUACACGUUUACACACCAUUUGUAUUACCGCCAAAACAGAUUGAGUGCCUUCUCAGCUCCUUUUUCUCUCUUUUAUCUUGAUUUGCCUUAUUAUUAUGUUUUAUGAAUUUUUCGAUAUUUGUUGUAUAACGUUCAGGGAAAAAACUAUUACUGUUGGUAAUACUAAUAGUGAUAAUAUUAAAUAUUUAAUAGUACAACCUUACCACCCUCUUAAACUGUUUUUUUCCACCAUAUAUCUUGCUUCCCAAAUUUAUCAAUAAGAGAUUUUCAACACUUACACAUUUACAUAUGUGCACACACACAAAUAUUUCUUUUCCCUAUUUUCCUUAUAUAUAUAUAUAUAUAUAUAUAUAUAUAUAUAUAUAUAUAUAUAUAUAUAUAUAUAUAUAUAUAUAUAUAUAUAUAUAUAUAUAUAUAUAGCAUUUUGUUGUAACAGGCAUCUCCGUUAUACAUAUGUCUGGUUAAUUGACCAAAUGGUUGACUGCUAUUCUGUUUUAAUAAAUAAAACCCACACCCUCAUUAAUUGAAAUAAUACAUUUGG